CUGACCGUUGAACACUUUAUAGGCCUUAUUUUCUCUCAUGAUUCCGAGAAUUUCACUUUCCCACUCAUACCAAGUUGUUCACAUAACUAAUUCUUGGACCUGUUUGGCUGCAAAGAAAAUUCUUCCCCAAAUGGACAAUAAGAACUACUCACAAGUUCCCAGUAACGGUAAAGAAAGCGAGAUAGAGGAGCGAUCGAUAGAAUCGUGUAGUAAGGGAGCGUGCGACUUUGUUCCAGCUAAACGUUAUGCCAAUGAUAUAAUUCCUCACAUUCUAAAUUUAUAUGGAUCUUGUGCCACAUCUCAUGAUUUUGAAAUUUAUUCUCCGGAUGCUUCUUUUGAAGACCCACUCAUGUGUGCUCAUGGGGUGAAGCAGAUCAAGUCAGCAUUUUAUUCACUUUCCAAGGUUUUUUCUGAAUCAAGAAUAGUUGAAUACAGUGUGCAGGAGAAGGUGGUAUCACAUGAAAAACGAGAGAUACUAAUCGACAACAAGCAGCACUACAAAUUCUUGGGGAAGGAAAUAGAUGUUGUAUCACUUAUCAAGCUGUCUGUGCAGGAUGGAAAAGUUUUUCGCCAUGAAGACUGGUGGGAUAAGAAGCCACUUUGGAAUAGAGAAACAGUUACACUACCGAUGGUUGGGCGUGCUAUGGAACUGACUCGCAGGGGAUCGAUGCUGGUGACUCAUGCCAUGAUGAGGUUUGGAAAGGAUCCAAACAUCAAAUGACGUCGUUCUUGAGCAUAGAGAUGAAUAUAUUAUUGCUUUUCUGUACUUAGUUAAGUGCAUAUGUCUAUUUGUGUGCCUUUCUUGCUUAGUGAAUAAGCAAAAAUUUUAUGAGUGCAGCUAACGCUUUUAGGCUACAUCUCUAUCUAUUAUUUUCUUGAACUGAAAACAACCCCAUUUUUAUCAUAUUAGUUGUGCAGAACCUCUAUUUGAGAGUAAUUUAAAGUUUGGUCAUUUCCAUAUUGCA